AAAUUAACAGUAAUCUCCACUUCCAUCGUCUAGAUCACAUCACCCUGCUUACUUCGAGAGUCCCUACAUGGUCCUUUUCUAGGACCUUUGCUGUGACAUACCACAGGAAAUGCAGCAAUCUGUCUUCUUCUCCUCUCCUUUCUCCAUUUAUAGCUAACAAAAAUCUCACUCAUCCUUCACUCCACCUUCUUCUUCUUCUCAUUCUUCUCCAAAAUUCUCAGCUUUUACUAUACCAUGGGCCUGAGUGGAACUAUAGAUUACUUUUCUGACUUGUUCAGAAGCUCCCAUAGGCACAAGAAGAAGAAACAGUUUCAAACUGUGGAGCUCAAGGUGAGGAUGGACUGUGAAGGUUGUGAACUUAAGGUCAAGAAAGCUCUCUCUUCCAUGAAAGGAGUCAAGUCUGUAGACAUAAACCUGAAGCAGCAGAAGGUGACUGUAACUGGUUAUGUAGAGCCAAACAAAGUAUUGAAGAAGGUUCAGUCUACGGGGAAGAAGGCUGAGCUUUGGCCUUAUGUGCCUUAUAACUUGGUUCCUCAACCGUAUGCUGUUCAGUCUUACGAUAAGAAAGCGCCGCCUGGCUUUGUGAGGAAUGUGGAGACUGUUACUGUUAGUUCGCUGGAGGGAAGACAAGAUGAGCAUAUCACAAACAUGUUCAGUGAUGAAAAUCCAAAUUCCUGUUUUGUGAUGUGAAGAAGAAGAAGAAGAAUCCAAUCUUUGAAUCUCUAGCAAUUAAUAGUUUAAAAAAGUUUGUUUUUUUAUAUAAAGAAGUGCAGGGAAUCGUCUUUUUCAUCUUUACCUGCAGUAUCUUGGAUUAAUCUGAAGAGUUUGAGAAGAUUUUUGAGCUGUUUGGGUCUGUUGUAGAGGUUUUGAUGCGUGAUAAAGGUAUAAAGAGUGAAGAAUUCAACUGCACAUGUUGGGAUCAGAGUUUCUGUCCUUGUAAAAUAGGAUUUGCAGUUUCUGUCAAGUUUGGUAAUUGCAUCAUUUAUUGUGCUUUGAUGAUUAUAGAA